CUAAAGAUUCUGUCAAUUUAAAUUUCAAAGAUUGGAUCUUUUGAGAGAAUUGGGAUGAGGGGUUGAUAGGUGCAGAGCUGAUUUCAUUUUAUAAUAUUCCAUAUUCGCAUUUGUACAAGAUAUGUUGUUGCAACUAGUCACAAGUAUUAAGAUCUUAUGCGAGAGCAUGUAUCUACAUAGUUCAUAAUUGAUUUAGCUUUGUCGCAUAACAACUUAGGGUGUUCGAAACAUCAAGUUCUGUCAGUGGUGUGGUGGUCCAACAAAGCAUGAUAUACCUGAUGGAGAAGAAAAAAUGAGAGCCAUUUGUACACUUUGUGGGAAGAUUGCUUAUCAGAAUCCAAAAAUGGUAGUCGGUUGCCUCAUCGAUCAUGAUAACAAGGUCCUUCUUUGCAAGAGGAAUAUUCAACCAUCUCAUGGCCUUUGGACGCUUCCUGCUGGUUAUUUGGAAAUUGGAGAAUCAGCUGUGGAAGGUGCUAUAAGGGAAACGAGGGAAGAAGCAAAUGCUGAUGUGGAAGUCAUUUCUCCGUUUGCUCAAUUGGAUAUUCCUUUAAUCGGUCAAACUUAUAUGAUAUUCUUAGCAAAACUGAAGACACCCCACUUUUCACCGGGUCCAGAAUCAUCAGAAUGCCAACUAUUUCCGGUUGAUGAAAUACCUAUCGAUUCUCUAUCCUUUUCAUCAAUGGUGGUUACCUUAAGUUUGUAUGUUGAGGAUGUUAAGGCUGGAAAACCUAAAUUCCAUUAUGGCAUCAUCAACAAAAGGCCCGGUACGAGUCCUUCAGAUAUUCAUGCCUAUACAUUGGAUCAUCAUAUGCACUUGUGAGAAGUACAUUCUGGAUAUCUGAAGAUUGCAAGUUGAAAAAUCUGUCUAGUUCAGUACGCCUGCAGUGUUCUUUGUCUCUUGCAGUGGCCCAAUACUUUUGUUUUUGUUAUGUCAGACAGCACAGAAUUUACCCAAAUUACUCUCUUAACCCCAACAUUGUUAUGAUGAGCUGCUGUUUCAACGUAAGGAAGAAAUGUUGCAGUCCAUGAUCACUCUUAACUUCCUCAAGGGAUGUUCUCAAAAUGUGUAGUUGCAAUCAUGCUCACCCUUAACUAGUACUUUAGAACAAAGAUUGACAACUAUUGUAUCUCUAUUGGAAUUGUAAACACACAUGUUCAUUUAGAUAAAUCAAAUUCUUUUCGAAGAA